CUUAAAUAUCUAUUUUUUUCCCCUUCGAAAAGUCCACAUUUCAGAAAUCGCCAGUGGUGCGAGAGCUUUUCCAAAAGCUCAGGGGCAAGUGUGUCGUCAUCGUAGCCUUAUAAUAAUAUGCGAGGGUGAUUCGGUUUGGUCAACAAGAACAGAGCGCUGCCAGCGAAGCUUCACUGCAGCCACCCCGCCAAAGGCGCUGAAUCCGCAACAAUGCCCAUUUCAAAACGGGCCUUGAAGUCCUCGGUCAAUUCCAAGCAAAAUGCCAACGCAGGCUCCAAAGUCCAGUCUAUUGAUCCCUUCUCUGAAGCUCCGGCCAAGCUGACGCCUUUCCUCGACACACUCGAUCCGUCCAAGUUCUACAUUACCCACGUCGAGAACCUGCCAUGGAAGUUCAAGCGCAAGGCUUUCUCUGUUCCCGUGCUCAUGAACGUUGCCAUUAUCGCUGUCCUCAUAUGGCGAAUUGUCUCCGUUUAUCCCGUUUACGCAGCCAUCAUAAAGGACAACAACAAACUCAACCCAAGCGCCGCGAGCUGGCCGGAACUUAGUCGAGCUCUCCUCCGACGAUCCGUGACCUUUUUUAUCGACUUUGCCUUAUUAAGAUUUAUUCUACCGUGGCCGCUAUCCUUCUUCUUCGCCCGGCCCGCCAGCGCCGUGGCCUGGCGCAGAAGAGUGGGUUUUCAGGACCAAGAGGUUGUCGUGCGUACUUCACGUCGAUGGGACAGGGAAGAGAGGAAGAAAGCUGCCAACGCGAAUGAUCCUUCCGUUGUCAGCGAUGUUUUAAUGGAGAAGCGCAUUCUGCCGGCAAUUGACCGUCGCUGGAUGGAGGGCCGUACGAGUCUGAUGUUACUGGACAAGAAUUGGGAUCUGGAUUAUGGAGCUAUGAUCACAGCGACGGAUUUGGUUGAUAUGAAGGAGCUGGACAUGGAAGAUUUUCAGAAAACGGUGUUCAUGCAUACACCGAAAAUCGGCUGGUUGGCUUGGAACGUUCAUAAGCUUGACGAGGGCUCAGAGGAAGAAGCCAGAGGAAAGCUUAUUGCAUUCAAGGACCAAUUGACCCUCAUGGGGAAGGAGAAUCUAUUCUUUAGAUGGAUCGAGAUCAUUCAGUACGAAAGCUCUCAGCCUGGAGGCUUCACGCCUGAAAGACAAACAGCAGCAAUGGUCAAAGCAAAGGCACUAUUCGAGUCCCAAGGAGUCGACUUUGAAGAAUUCACCCGCAGCAUAGGAGGGCUAGAAGGGGUGCCUGGAUUCGAAAAAUCGAAAUAGAUUAUCUACGCUGGACUCUAUCGGAAUCUUAUGCUUACGGCAAAUUAUCUCGUUCUUUGGGUCGACCAAUCCGGAUUUCCCAAUCGAUAGUACCGAGAUAAUACCAUGACUCCUAAUGCACGGACCGUUAUUUUCAAAUUUGCAUGCUCUAAGUCAUGCCAGCUGUACUAAAUAUAUGAUCAGGGUCUCAUGAAC